UUCCGAUCUUAAAGGCGAUUAACUGGCGUUUCGUGCGUCGUCUCUGCAUGUAAUCAUUGGAGAAAGCUUUUACUGUGCGGUGCAUAUUUAUGUUCUAUACAAAACCUGCUUCCACUUAUGAGCUAACAUCAUCCUUUCAGUCGCAUCACUCGCAUCCGCGGCAUCCACUGCAUCUUGUGCUACCGAUCUACAUGUUGAAGCAGCAGCUGCAGCAGCGCACAGCCAGGCACAGCUGAUUCCCGCAGCGUAGCGAGGAUUCGUGGAUUCGUUCCGAAUCCGCAGUUAUAUUGCCGUAUUGGUUUUACGCGCAGAAAUCAGUUUCUUACUGUGUAAGCUACUGUUUACAUAAGAGUUUGCAGUCACUUCGCCCGACGUCCGCCUCCCUUUAGGUGGAAAAUGAAGUCUCGCGGAGAACCAGUUUAGCCGCGCAUCGUGCAAAUGCUGUGACUGCCUGGCAUCGUUUGUCACCACUGUCGUUCAAGCUGGGAAAACUGUAGAUUGGGGGAAGAAAAGCCGUUCAGCUCGCGUACAGGACCCGCAUUAUGGCUGGUACUGAAGAGGACACUCCCAGCAACUUGUCGUCCAACGAAAGUGAUGCACCGGCUACCCAGGCGGUCCAGGGAAAAUCAUUUCAGAGCCCUGCGAAUGCCUCACCACCAAUGAAUCGUCGAGGCAGUGAUGCAUCACAGUGUCUCACAACCAAUGGUGUGCGAGCACGCACAGAUGAUCCACUGGCAUCCAUUGCAUCAAAUAGUAGUCAAGUGCCAUUCAACUGGCAAGCUUCAAGAAGCACCGUGCAGGAGCGGCUGUCUUUUCUCUUCAACAAGGAAAUUCUCAGUGAUGUCCGCUUCCUGGUUGGCCGAGGUGCACAGCAGCAACGGUUACCCGCCCACAAGUUUGUGCUGUCCGUGGGAAGCGCUGUUUUUGACGCAAUGUUUAACGGGGCUUUGGCGACAAAUGCGGAAGAGGUGGAGCUUCCUGACGUGGAACCCGCUGCUUUCUUGGCGUUGCUCAAGUUCCUGUACUCUGAUAAAGUACAGAUUGGUGCCGAGACUGUCAUGACCACACUCUACACGGCUAAGAAGUAUGCAGUGCCGGCUCUCGAGAAGGCCUGUGUCGACUUCCUUCAACGACAGCUGAGCAGUGACAACGCCUUUCUGCUUCUAGCACAGGCACGGCUAUUUGACGAGCCUCAGCUGGCUGCGCUCUGUCUCGACACUAUCGACAAGAGCACAGCGGAAGCCCUCGCAGCAGAAGGCUUUGUGGACAUUGACCGGGACACCCUGUGUGCUGUGCUUGAGCGAGAUACACUCCGUAUACGGGAGGUGAAACUGUUUGCCGCUGCUCUGCGCUGGGCGGAGGCGGAGUGUGUGCGCAUGGGACGUCCCGUCACUGCUGACAACAAGCGUGCUGCUCUUGGACGAGCCUUGUUCCUGGUGCGCUUUCCGCUCAUGAGCAUCGAGGAGUUUGCACUGGGACCAGCGCAGAGUGGCUUACUGACAGACAAGGAGCUGGUCUCACUGUUCCUACACCUUACGGUGAACCCAAAGCCCCCGGUGUCAUUUCCAGACAGCCCUCGCUGCUGUAUUUUGGGCAAAGAACAGGUGGUGGCACGGUUUCAGCAGACUGAGAGCCGUUGGGGCUACUCUGGAACAUCCGAUCGUAUCCGGUUUGCUGUGGACAGGAAGAUCUUUGUGCUGGGCUAUGGUUUAUACGGGUCUAUUCAUGGCCCUUCGGACUAUGAUGUCAACAUUCAGCUCGUUCAGACAGGCUCCGGCCAAGUGCUUGGAUCGCACGACACAAGCUUUAACAGUGACGGAUCACCAGCCAGAUUUCGUGUGCUCUUCAAGAGCCCAGUGGAAGUGGCUCCUAAUGUCAACUACACAGCUUGUGCCACGCUCAAGGGACCAGACUCUCACUACGGAACAAAGGGCUUGCGCAAGGUAACACUCGACUGCCCGCGUGGGAGCAAGGUUACGUUCCAGUUCACCUAUGCCGCUGGAAACAAUAAUGGCACCUCUGUUGAAGAUGGCCAGAUUCCAGAGAUCAUCUUCUUCACAUAGUGCGUCUGGCCGAAAUGGCUCUGCUGUGCCGGUGCAUUUAAGACAGACUGAAAAGCAGCGCUCUAGCGUAACCUGUCCCUGAGGACUGUAAACGGAAAAUUGCGUGAAAGCCUCACCGUUACCUGAGCUAAAUGCGCAUAUACCUUGGUUGUGGUAGGAAUGAUCUGCAUAUGUGGAAUUGGAAUUACCCGUGUUACCAUGCGUGGGUGUGCUUAGAUGUUGAUUUAUGUAGCAGUAGCAGUAUCAUUAGUGCCCUUAAAAUGCGAUGGCAUUUCUUCCCACCUCUCAAGAGUUGUGUAUAAGAAGUUUGGAGUACCAAGUAUUGUCAUGUGCGGUAGGACAGAAUGCCUGUUGGUAGGAAUCUGUGAACUAUGGUCUUCAAAAACGAAACAAAUGCAAUUAUUCUAUAGUUGUGGUAUAGAGUUGGGUAUAACAAUACCUUCGCAUAGUUCUCACUUGUUUAAAAAUAUUUUUCAAAUAGGAAAUACUUAUGCUGGUUCCUAAACUGGAUGGCCUCAAACCCCUCUGCUCCCUUCUUAAUCAUUUCCUUUUAACUUACUUUAAAGGGCCCCUCACCAACUUAUUCCACGUUUUGUUGACACACUUGAAGUUCUCUAAGGAGCUUUGAACCAGAAUAAUUUUUUAAAUUAGUUUAUUAUAGGAGGAGCUAGAAAAAAUUGUCUUUCUAGCAUGUUACUAAAAGGAGAGCCACUGUUUUGCUUUGUGAUGCUUUAAGUGGUGACAUAGUGCGCUCCGCAUUGGAUUAUGAACCGAAGUAAUGUACAGUCAAACCCGCACUGAACUGUCAAAAAUACGAGAAUUAGUUCGAUAUAUCGUAUAAUUCGAUAUAAAACUUUUUAAGAAUUUACCAUAUUUUCUAUGCGAAUUUUGGUGCGCAAGAUUGCCUCACGGCACUGCUUCACGCUAUUGCAAGGAAAGUGGCUUCAUGGCAAUAUGCAAGGAUUUUUUUCUAAGUUUUUAUUUUUCUGCGGUUUGUAGUUGGGGUGCGGAUUAUAUGCAGGGGCGAAUAAUACGUGAGAAAAUAUGGUAUUGAUUCAAACGGUGCAUCAAUAUCAUGCUACGUAGCUGUGCAUACUCGUCGGGCAUCGGAAGCCUCUUGUCCGCCAUGUUCUUCAGUCAUGCUGAGCACAGUACGACUGAAGAACAAGCCGAUUUUGUAUGCAACGGCAAGGUUAGACUUAAUUCCUCCGCAUUCGACUGCAUUGAUUAUCGCCAACUUUGAGUAUAACAGCAGGUUUUUCAUUUCAUGGCUACCAUCGCGCUAAGGGAGCGAAGAAUCUCAAAGAAGCGAACGAGGCGACAAUGAAGAAUCAUGGGAGAAAGCAUGUGAUGGCAAGCAGUAGUUACGACCGGGAAAGUCCCUUUGUGUGAGGAAAAGCCAACCUUUUGUGAGGGAAAGCCAACUUCUUGGGGCAUUAUGCGCUGUAUGAUGUAUGAAGAGUUCUGGCUAUUUUUGUUUGACGUAGCCUUAGUUCGAUAUAUAGUAGAGUUUGACUGCCAUGGCUAGUAACGUUCCAAGCAGUGCCUGUUGCGUGUGGUAUUUUUCGGAUCGACACAAAGCUCCUUGAAAAGGAAGGGUAUGUGGCCUUCCGUUUGACAUUUCGACCAUUUUUGUAAUGUGCAAAUGUUUAAUACUUUAUUUAUUUUAUUUACGCUUUAUUCAUAGCUCCAAGGCGCCAUUAUAGUGAGGGUGUUACCAUUUGUAAAACAGUAAUGAUAAUAUCGGCAGAACUCUAGACAUGAUCCUCAGCAAGUGAUCUGCUAUGCUUUUCGAUUCCGAAACAUGGUGAGGGGCCCUUUGAGGUGUGCCUUGGUAGCCUUAAAGGUCAAUCAAUCAUAGUUUACCUUGCUAUGUUCUAUGCUUGCUAAGCACAAGUGAAGCUUUAAAUAUUUCACACCAUGAAUAAAGAUCCCGGAAUCUCUAAGUGAAUUGUAAAGUUUCAAGCAGCAUUUUAUAUUUUGACUAAUAUUAGCACAUUAGAGUCAACAAACAGCAUCGUGUAAUUUAGAAUGGUAUUUGGGCGCUCGUGAAUGUAUGGUGCUUUAACUCAAAAUGCAUUCGCUUCUUAUCUUUUAUUGACGUGGAAUGUUUGUGACAAAAAGUUUCUUUUGAGAAGCAAAUGAAGUUAAUGCUUAUUAUAUAGUUUAAAAUAAUUUGCAUAUUUGCACACUCCUACCACUGGGCAUAGUAGACAUGGGAAAUCUGUGCUGGCAUUUGUUACCAUCAUCCCAUGCAUGCAUUUAUAAUUGCAUUAAUGUUCAUGAAGUUGUUUAUGGAUGAACUCGAAAAAUACUACUGACCAGUUUAACUCAACUGACAGUUGCGCUGCUAUGUGCAGUGGGUGAAUCUCUAAAGAUGGUCCUGGCGAAUUUUGCCAUAAUGUUUUGUGCUGUGUAACAAAAUUUCAUACACUCUGUUGGCUGUGUCCAACAAAUAUGUGGGGAAUGUUGUAGAGUCUGGCAGGAAUUCUGCAGCAUAAGCACUCCGGCACAUGCCUAAAAGUGGAACCUCAUUACCAUUUGCAUCUAUGUAUCAAUUGUUCACUUGUACACUGUUCAUCUAGUCUCCUGUACAUAUUGUAAGGUUUUCCCUUCUUUGUUCCAAAAAAUAAUAAUAAAGUCCAAUAUGCUUGUUUCCUGAAAUGUACACCAUACUUUAUUAAACCCAACACCUACACUGUGUCCUUUAGAGCUAUUCGUGUCACUACGGCAUCCAGUAAGGUGCCCACGGUGAGUUCCUUCUCGGUCACCUUGAACA